GCCCCUCUCCCUUCCUCCUCUCCCUCUUUCCGUCAGCCCCUCUCACCCUUCCCCUCCCUCUUUCCGUCAGCCCCUCUCCCUUCCUCCUCUCCCUCUUUUCGUCAGCUUCUCUCCCUCCCUCUCUCCCCCUCCUUCUUAUCUUCUCCUUUCCCACUCGAAGUAGCCACCAGUGACCCCCAUCUCCGACAGACAACAACCAAGAAGAAGCAGAAGAAGGAACCUUUGCCACCUAAGCCACUGGAAAAGGAGGAUCUUUUUAGUGACAGUGAAGGAACUGAUGGAGAUUUUGAAGAAGAUGGAGGUUCUGGUGAUGAAGAACAACAGGAAAUGAACUCAGAUUCUGACAUAUCUUCUUACUUGGAUGACCCCUCCGCUGCUGAUAUAUUAGCAAGCAGUGAUGCUGACGAUGGUUCCGAUGUUCAUGCCGAUUCGAAUGUAGAUUCUGAUUCAGAUGCAGAUGAUACUGAUCUUGUAAGGAAGUCAAAAGCUAUUGAUGAUGAAAGGAAAAGAGAGGAGGAGGAGGGUGAUUUAGAAUUGCAGCUCAAUAUUAAAGAAGAAGCUGAUGAGCUCAGAUUGCCAACAACUUCGCAGACCCAAAUAACCCACGGAGAGGCAGCCUUCACGAUGCUGGUAACUCUAUUUAUGCCUAUUGCAUUUUAUUUUAUGGGGUAAUAUUUUGUCUCUGUUUGCGAAUGUUGAGUUGAAUUUAAUUAUUUUGUUUAUUUUAUGGCCACUAUUAGUCACUCUUUUUAUUUGCAAAUGUUGGUAAAG